AACGGAACCUGAAUUGGGAGCCUAAACGCGACACACGCGCCGCGGCGUGUUGAAACCACUUUCGCAUUUCGCAUUUAUUAUUGUCGUGUCUUUUAGACCUGACAGCACAGCGACAUUGUUUCUAUUCACCAACCACACACACCGUCUUCCUUGUCUGCAUCCUGCGUCUUCAACUCUCUAUCGAUCUCUCAGAAACGCUCACAACCUUCCUGCAUAGCAAGCAUACCUCAAACUUCUUCAUCCUCUCGUCGUCGGCGCGUCGAUCAUCCCUCAAUCAGUCGUCGCAGUCGACCGCAACAAUGUCAGUUGUCUCCCUCCUUGGGGUCAAGGUCCUCAAUAACCCGGCACCGUUCACCGCGCCCUACGAAUUCGAAAUCACUUUUGAAUGCCUUGAGCAGUUGCGAGAAGACCUCGAAUGGAAACUAACCUACGUCGGCUCCGCCACAUCCGCCGAACACGACCAAGAACUCGACUCUCUCCUCGUCGGCCCCAUCCCCAUCGGCGUGAACAAAUUCAUCUUCGAAGCCGACCCGCCGGAUCUAUCUCGUCUGCCGCCCUCCGAAAUCUUGGGUGUCACAGUGAUUCUCCUGACAUGCUCCUACGAUGGUCGCGAGUUCGUCCGAGUCGGCUACUACGUCAACAACGAGUACGACAGUGAAGAAUUGAACGCCGAUCCGCCCGCGAAGCCCAUGUUUGAACGGAUCAAGCGGAAUGUGCUUGCUGAGAAGCCCAGAGUUACGCGAUUCGCUAUCAAAUGGGACUCCGAAGAAUCCGCCCCGGCAGAAUACCCACCGGAACAACCCGAAGCCGACACCCUCGACGACGACGGCACGGCCUACGGCGCAGAAGAGGCGGAGAUGCAGGAAGCCCUCGAGAAAGAACUCGAAGAGGUCGAAAAGGCCGCAGCUACAACCAAGAAAACUUCGGCAACAAACGCUGGCGACGGUGACCACGAAAUGACAGAGGAAGACGCCACCAAAGCAACCGUCAACCUCGACGACGUCAAAGAGGAAGAUGUUGACGAAGACGAUGCCAGUGAGGCCGGAAGCGAAGAUCUCGAGGAAGAGAGCAGCGAGAGUGAGGACGAGGAUGACGACGAAGAGGGUGCUGAGGGCGAGGCCGAGGGUGAAGAUGCCGAGAUGGCUGAUGGUGAUGAAAAACCGGCUGCCAACGGAGCGGUGUCCAACGGCGAACAAAAGUCCACCGGAGCCCAGGCCGAGGUUCUGGCUCAAUAGAGAAUGAAACUCUCUCCCUCUACUCGUUGGUCAAAGCAAGGCGUCAGGAGUCAAUUGGAUGGGCUUAUUGUGGAACGAGGUCAUGGCAAUGCAACGAGAUAGCACGAGCGAAGAGCAUGCAGCGAACCAACUCUCACAUUGGAUGCGGUGCCGGCGCAACGUUGUGCUUGCCUUGGGGAUUUGUAGAAUACAACUGAAGACACAGAUACCGUACCUCAGCACGACCAGCCUCUCUGUGGUACCUUUUCUACGAACAGGAACAAAGCUUGAUUAAAUGCA